GGGCUUUAUAAGGCAGGCCUGGAGCAGCAUGCUGAGCAGAGCUGACCCAGCCGCCACAACAGCCAGCCAGCCACCAGCUCUGCAGACAAGAUGCCUCGACUGUGCGUGUGCAUGCUGAUCUUAGUGCUGGCUCUGGCUGCCUUCUCUGAAGCUUCUUGGAAGCCCCACUCCCAGCUACAGGAUGCAUCCUCUGAACCAGGGACCAACAGGGGCCUGGAACCACACCAGCUGGACCAGCUGGGCCCAGCCUCUCACCGAAGGCAGCUGGGACCACAGGGUCCUCAAUACUUCAUAACAGACCUGUCCAAGAAGCAGAAGCCAUGGAUGGAGGAAGAAGAAGAGGCAUAUGGAUGGAUGGACUUCGGCCGCCGCAGUGCAGAGGAAGGGGACCCUCGUAACUAGCAACAAUCAUCCAGAGCCUAACCAUCUCAGAGCCACGCCCAGCUCAGUCCUUGCAAAACAUAAAAAAAUAAACUAUC